AUGUCUCGUCGAUCAUCUCGGAAAUUCCCUCUUCUCUGUUUGCCACGUCUCGCUUUGAUUGAAGUCAUCAAGUGUUGGAAUCCUAUUGAAAUAUACCUCUUCUCAAGAGUCUCUCGGAAAACUAAGAAAAUCUCGAAGUUGGUAAAAAUACCAUAUUUGAAACUAUGGCUUAAUGUAUCCAACUGUUACUAUGUGAACGUGGGCGACCCAUGUUGCGGUUUAAGGAGUCACUGGUUCUUCCAACUGUAUCCAGGUCUCCGUAAUUACGAGAGAUACAGAACUGAAAGAUAUUUGGAUAUCUACUCAAAGAAUGCGGGGAAGUCGAUUGGAAAAUUGAUAGAUCAUUGUCAGGAAAUAUUCGAUUGUGAAUUUGGAGGGAUGAGUAUAAUUAUCGAUCCAGUAAUGAAAUCGAGUAAUCUCAAUGUAUUCAUGAAUUGGAUCAAUAAACACGAGAAGUUAACUAAGAUUCCAUAUUUAAUAGCAUAUAGUGAGAAAGAAAGCGAUGAAUUUUAUUUGAAUUGGUUUAUGAAUAAUUUCAAGAAGGAUAUUGGAGUUCUGUAUUUAGGCCGAAGUCACUAUGUUUGUAAGGUGAACGGAAAAGUGGACGAACUGAGUUUGUAUUCAAGAGAAAAGCUAGAUCUCGACCAUCUGAUUAGAAUGGACUGUAUCUAUAUGCCUGGAAGAGAGACAUCUUUGACUAAUAGAGAUUUGAAUGUAUUUAUGAAGAAUUGGAAGGAAAUGAAGGCUAAUGAACGAAUAGGAUUUUAUUUAAUUCGUGUGAAAGAGAACUUGGAUUGGUCGAUCAUUUUGGAUGGAUUGGAUGGAGAGAUAAGAGAUGUUCGGACAGUUAGACGAGAAUAUACAUCUCCCUGGGACGAGGAGCAAGUAUACAAAGUGAAUGGAGGAGUGGAUAUCACCAGAACCGAUGGGAAAGUUGCUACGAUUGGAAUGACAUUUCAUAUGAUAUUUCAAGAUGAACCAUUGUCUCGUGAAAUGAUAAGAGACUAUCAGAGAUUGAUUCAAAACAUGGAUGAACAAGAAAUGGAUAUGAAUUUUGUGCAUGAUCCGGAAUAUAAACUAACUGCUGAACUACGAAAAUCAUUCUUCGUCAUGGUUAAGUGA